CGACAAUUCAAACAAAGUGUAUUUUAACUAAAGCAACAAAUCAAAUUAAACAACAUGUGGGUUUUAAAAAAAGUCUUCCUUUUUGUAUCCUUUGUAGCCUUGCAUAAGGCAAACGCUUACGAACAUAGUAGUCAAGCUUUGUGGUAUGAUGCUGAUGACGAGUGCUCUCUUGAUCGACAAUCGCCCAUUGAAUUGAGUUCUUAUGAGGCUCUUGAAACUAAUGACAUUCCCUUACUCGUCUUUCACAAUUACCAAUCGACUUAUAUAACUCCAGCUGUAUUAACAAAUAAUGGUCAUUCUGCCGAUUUACAAAUACCCAAAAGCCAUUUUGCUUCCAUUACAGGUGGACCAUUACAUAAUAGAAUGUAUAUAACCGAGUCCUUGCAUUUCCACUGGGGAUCAGGCAAUAACCAUGGCGCCGAACAUGUAGUUGACAGUCAUCGUUACUCAAUGGAAAUGCACAUUGUUCACCGCAAUGCUAAAUAUCCAAAUAUUGCUGAAGCAACACAACAUGCAGAUGGUUUGGCCGUGUUGGGAGUAUUUUAUAAUGUAGAUACCUCACAAGAUGAUUUUGCUGGCUUAAAUAAAAUAGUUAAUGCCCUGGACGCUAUUAGAGUAUACAACACUUCCACCAAUGUGAACAACUUAAACUUAUCGGAAUUAUUUGGUAAUAUUGAUACUGAAGAGUUUUUCACCUAUAAAGGAUCUUUGACAACGCCACCCUGUUCUCGUGCCGUUACCUGGAUUGUUUUCCCAGAACCCAUACAAAUUUCAUCAAAUCAAAUUAACAAAUUCCGUUCAUUGUACGACAGCCAUGGUGAUCCGUUAGUAAAUAAUUAUCGUUGCUUGCAAGCCAAGGGUCGCCGCCAGGUAUAUUUGCGUCGCAGUAAUGAGGUAUAUGCAGAAUUUGAACUAUUUUGAAGAUGAAAACUGAAAUAUCCUCCU